AUGUCUGCAGAUGUGCGUGAUGUGCUGUCAGACUGCGAUGAGCUGGUUGAGGAGACGUUUCGGUUUGCUGAUGACGUCUUGGAAAAGAACACAGUUCGGAGGCGGAUGGCCAAACCUCCUCAGUCUCCAAAGUCUCCAUACCAGACAAGCCUGAUUCUGAACUCGCGCAGGGCAGCUGUGGCGGCCUGGAGACUGCCCCGGGCUUCUCUGGGGGGCAGCAGAGAGGGAACCCCAGGGGACAUAGACAUAAACACAGGCUCUGGACCAGCAGGCUUCUUUGGCAACGGCCACGAUGUAUCAUCGAUGAUCAGAGCUGAGUGUAACAACUCCCCAGGGCUUCUCAAAAACAACUUCAGGAAACAGAAACUACUGGUGCUCAAUGGGCUGACAGCAGGGGACUUGCAAGACAAGGAGGACAUGUAUGAGGAGAUCAUCCAUCUCAAAAAGAGCCUGCACGCACACAAGUCUGACAACAAGCUGAUGAGGGCGAGACUGCGCCGCCUUGAGGAGGACAACAGCAAGCGUGAGAAGCAGAUCAGAGAGCUGCUGGAGCCCACCAAAGCACCGGCGUUUGCCUUCACUCUGGUGGACAACAAGAAAGAAGGCAGUGUGGUGGUGAAGGGGCUGAAGCAGCGCAUCCUCAAACUGGAGCAGCAGUGUAGGGAGAAGGAGAGCGCUCUCAGGUAA